GUUCCAUUCCAGCUGAAAACUCUUGGGGUAAAAAAAAAACCCUGCGGAGCAUUUGAGGUCACUUGGAAUCCACCAACCCUAGACUCUGGUGGCGGUCCUCUCACUGGUUAUCAGGUUCAGUUAAAGUUAACGGAAAAUGGUGGCUGGCGCAACUGCACGGCCUUCUCUUCAAAUCAUAGCUGUUUGUUCAAAGACCUGCGGAAUAAGACAAGGUAUCAAAUUCGAGUCCGUGCUUUUAAUAAGAAGGGCCCGGGCCAAUGGGCAGACAUUUUCGAAACUACGGAUUUAAUUGGUAAGUAUUCCAUCUUAAUAUUGUUGUAUUACACAAAAGUCAUGGCAACUUUGUGGUACUCAAUCAUUAUAACUUUUUACAGCUCCCAUUUAGAUUUAUUUCUACUUGUUUUACUUCAUGCAGUUCGACAUUCUUUCCUCAUCGUUACUCCCUUCUUUUUCACAAUACUUGCAUUCAUUUUCUAAUUAAGUGUACCUUUGAGGGUGCUCAUUUAUAUGUUCACCCCUUUGUUUUCCCUACCAAUUAAUUGAUUUGUCUUUACCGACAAACAUUGUUUUGUUUUGAGGAGGUAAUUAAUCUAUCAGGUUAUUGUAGGACCGCCUGAUGUUUCCGAAAUAAUAAACAAUGAAACUGAAAUUCCUGGGAAAACACCAAAUGUUACAGUGCAGUGGACACGACCAAACGAAAGAAACUGCAGCAUUACCAUGUAUUCAUUGCGCUACAAAGCAGUUCUACCUGCUGCCGAGAAGAUGACGGAAAUAAAUAUCACCAAUGCCAGCGUCACCAGCUUCCAGCUACAAUUCCAACACAGUAAGAAAUAUGAAGUCACUGUCCUUGCUUGGAAUAAUUUGCGACCGAGUGAGGCAAGCAAGGCAUGGGAAAUCAGAACAAAACAAUGUAAACAAACUUUCUUUGGUUAA